AUGUCAUCGAACAGUACAGGUGUAUUUGAUAUCUGCGACGAAUCUUUUCACCGUUUUAUUUCUUCAACAGCUACACUUCGUCGACUUUAUACAGGUUUAACAUGGGCUGAAGGUCCUGCAUAUUUUCCCGCACUACGUAUACUUAUCUUUUCGGAUGUCGCCGAAAAUCGUUUACUACGCUAUGAUGAAUGUAAUGAGCAAACAAGUGUUUUUCGUUCCCCGUCUAAUCACAGUAAUGGUAAUACAGUUGAUCGGCAAGGUCGUUUAAUAACAUGUGAACAACAAACGAGACGUGUAACCAGAACUGAACAUGAUGGUGCAAUAACCGUACUCGUCGAUCGUGCUGAGAAUGGCAAACGUUUUAAUAGUCCAAAUGACGUCGUAGUGAAAUCCGAUGGGUCAAUUUGGUUUACCGAUCCAACGUAUGGCAUUGAUUCUGAUUAUGAAGGUGAUCGAGCAGAAAGUGAAACGGAAGGGAAUUUUGUUUACUGUCUGAAAGAUGGAACAUUACAUGUCGUAGCACGAGAUUUUGAACAACCCAAUGGAUUAGUUUUUUCACCUGAUGAACGACGUUUGUAUAUUGUUGAUACUGGACGAACCCAUCGACCAAAGAAUGGACCAGCACAUAUUCGUGUUUUUGAUGUAGGAGAUGACGGUAUUUCAUUGACUGGCGGAAAUGUGUUUGCCGAAUGUUUAACUGGCUUUUAUGAUGGGCUACGCAUUGACACAUUCGGUAAUAUCUGGACUAGUGCUGGCGAAGGAGUUGAAUGUUAUGAUGGAAAGACUGGUAAACUUUUGGGAAGAAUUCGUGUCCCCGAAAUCGUAGCUAAUGUAUGUUUUGGUGGUGGUGUCAAACGAAAUAUUCUUUACAUAUGUGCAACAACUUCACUCUACUGUAUUCGAUUAGCUGUAAACGGUUGCAAAACAUUUUGA